CAUGCAAAGGACGUGAGUCAGCUGGACUGGGAUGUACGGUACGCCUGUGCAUGGAAACAGGUUCCAGCAGGGGCCGGAAACUUGGGAAGUGUCACAGCUGGCCUGGCGUUGUGCUGCAGCAGGUGCCAGGAGCCAGAUGUAUAGGGUGUGUUAGGGACGGAAGCGAGAGGUGUGGUGUACGCUGGAAGCAGGCAUCAGAGUGUGAGGUGGGGGAGUGUGUCAAAGGUGAGGGAGUGUGGUGUGCCGAAGCCCGUGCCAGGCAGGAGCCGGAGGCGUGUAGAGGGUGUCACAAGUGUGCGGAUGUGGUGAGGUGGAGGCCGCUGACUGGAGCACCUUCAUCACGCUAUUCUUCACUACCACCACCAUGCUCCUCGCCCUCGCCACUCUAGGCAUGUGGUCUGGUAGAUCGUGAAGUUAAUACGCUGCAUCUAAUUUAAAGCUUAAGAUAAACUAUCUGUCUGGUAUCAAAAAUGGAUCUCAUUACUCUUCUUGGUUAUUUAAUUGUCAUUGCUGUCACAGCAGCUUUAAUUCUGUGUAUGGCAAUAUAUGUUACCAGUGAGACCUAUCCAGCAAAUAAAGUAUACAAGUCUGAAAAAAAUUAUAUUGACGCCUCAACUGGUAAACAGCAUGAGUUUCCAUCAAUUACAGAUGCACCGACAAAAUCACUCUCGGUUGUUAUUCCAGCAUACAAUGAAGAAAAAAGAUUACCUGUGAUGUUGGACGAAUGCUUGAAUUACCUGGAAGAGAGAACAAAACAAGUUAAAUCUUUUACUUACGAAGUAAUCCUUGUGGAUGAUGGAAGCAAAGACAAAACAACACAAGUUGGAAUAAACUACGCCAAGGAUUAUGGCUGUGAUAAAAUACGUGUUCUCACACUGGAAAAGAACAGGGGAAAAGGUGGAGCCGUAAAAAUGGGAAUGCUCCGUUCACGUGGAGAAUUGCUUCUAUUUGCUGAUGCCGAUGGUGCUACCACAUUCUCGGAAUACAGUAAAUUAGAGGCAAGCAUAAGAAAUCUUUGCCGUGAGGAAAGUGAUCUUGGUGAAGCCCUUGCAGUAUCGUGUGGAUCUCGUGCCCAUCUGGAGGAGGACUCUGUUGCAACACGCUCAGUCUUUCGCACCAUACUGAUGUACGGCUUUCAUGCCUUGGUAUGGCUAUUUGCCGUGCGUGGCAUUCGUGACACGCAGUGUGGAUUUAAGCUACUGACACGGAGGACUUCUCGCAUUCUGUUUAACAGCUUGCAUGUAGAAAGAUGGGCUUUUGAUGUGGAAAUGCUGCAUUUAGCUCAACAUCUUGGAAUUCCAAUUGAUGAAGUUGCUGUUGAAUGGAAUGAGAUAGAAGGAACCAAGAUGACUCCCGUGCUGAGUUGGCUAGAGAUGGGUCUUGACCUUAUCGUCAUCUGGCUACGUUAUACUUUAGGAGCAUGGAAGAUUAAAGGUGAUAUAAAAUCAAGGUGAAAGUGACUGUGCAGAGUCCCAGGGCUAAAAUAAAAGAUACAUACAGUACCCACUAUUUUAGUUUAAAGAAUUAUUUGGCCUCGGUAACCUAUAGAGGCACUGCCAAAAGAAAGAUAACAUUCGUAAUUAUUAUUUUUUUUACAACAUUCAGCAUGCAGCUGUCAUGAUAUGGUACUUAAAGUAUUUUUUUCACUACUGUGUUUGUUGUGUUGGUGAGUGGUAAUGAUGGCUAUUAUUUCCAACUCAAUAGUUACAAAACUUGACCAUUAUGGCUUUUUUAUAUAGUACAAAAAUAAGUGAAUUUUGAAUCAUUUGUUUUAAAUAUGCCAUUAAUGAUAAAAUAAAAAUUUUGGAAGCAAGCAUUCUUGUCAGUGAUAUAUUAUUAAUUUCAAUGCACCAUUCAUUUCUUUAGAUGAAAGAUUUUAUAUCAAUGAUGGCCAGAAGUUAACAAAAAUACUUUGAUGUCUAUAAUUUAAACCUCUAAAAUGAGUCUGCAAACAAAUUUGGGAACUUUUUGUAGUAGAUCCAUCACUUUCCAUGUCCUAUAUACUACAGUACAUAAGCUAUUUUAAAUAUUUUUGUAAAGGCGGCUGUACAUUUACUGUGAACACUUUUUACUGAUAUGUCUUUAAAUAAUAUAUAUUACUAUGA